AGCAAAGGAAAUCCACUGAUUGAACGUUACCGCUUCUCGUCCUGCGCCCCAACCUCCAUCUCUCUUUUUUUAAUACCUUUUAUUGCUCUUACAUCUUCUAUACUCCAUUUACAAUGUCUGGUCGCGGCGGAGGCGGUGCGCGCAAGGUUCUAUUGCCGCCCAUCAACUUCAUUUUCAAACUCCUCCAACAGCACUCAACCGUUUCGAUCUGGCUCUAUGAGCAGCUUGCCAUCAGGAUAGAAGGAAAGAUCCGGGGUUUCGAUGAGUUCAUGAACCUCGUCAUCGAUGAUGCAGUGGAAGUGAAGCUGGCGACAAAAUCAGAAGAGGAGUCAAGAAGGGAGCUUGGGCAAAUAUUGCUCAAGGGCGAUAAUGUUUCUUUAAUCCAAAGUCUACAAGGCUAGAAUUUCGCAAUAUUUUUCUUCUUUCUCACGGGUCCAGGUGGAUUAAUUGGAUGACAUAUUCUGCGUUCGGGCGCUUGAAAAAGGUCUUUUUGCUGGUCGGCCAUUACUUUGAAAGAAAUUUUCUCAGAAAAUCAAUGUUCACGUGGUCCAAGAACUCUCCCGUCACCGACAAUCAGGCCAUCUAGGAGCCAGUCAGUCGAGUCUUUCGGCACUUCCUGUUCCUCGGGCAGCAGUUGUUCCUUGAGGGAUAGGCCGACUUGUCGAGCAACUAUGAUUAGUAGUGUAUUUUUUCAAAAGGAGAGUUUUCGUGACCUACUCAGUAAUGGCAUCUUCGCAUUUUCUCCAAGCUUGGACUUUUGGUUCUCAUUCAUUUUUUGUAAGAACAUGUCAUAGAAUCCUUUUCCAUGCCCUAAGCGGCCCAAUUUCGUAUCAAAGGCCAUUCCUGGCAUAACUAGGAAAUCCAAACCUCCCUUUCCUUGUUCAAUUCCAACCCGAUCUGC